GCGACAGUCGUUACAAUGUUACGAUUGGACAACGGACGGAGCUACGUGGAGCCUGUUGGCUAUUUCCGCUAUUUCCGAUCUCUCCCAGCUGAAAGAAUCGUCAGACGACGUGGCCGAUGAUGGAGUAUGGUAGGAUUGGUAGGUGGUAGGCAGUGAAAAUAAAACGGUGAUACAUAUUAUCACGAGUUUCCGAUAUGUCACUCAGCGAGGCUUAAUAAAGCGACUAUUGUUGCGAAUUGGAAUCUCUGAUCGCGUUUCAACGUCGUUUCGAUCCUCUCGUUGUCGCCAGUUGUCGCAGCCGCGACGUUGCAACAUGGGUCUUUGCAAGUGUCCGAAAAGAAGAGUAACGAAUCAAUUUUGUUUUGAACAUCGGGUUAAUGUAUGCGAACACUGCAUGGUCACGGGUCACCCAAAGUGUAUAGUGCAAUCGUAUUUAUUAUGGCUGCACGACCAUGAUUACAAUCCAAUUUGUACGCUGUGUUCGAACAAAUUGAGCGAUGGUGAUUGUAUAAGGUUAACGUGCUAUCAUAUGUAUCACUGGGUGUGUUUGGACCGAUAUGCUAGAGAUCUGCCACCAACUACCGCACCAGCGGGUUAUACUUGUCCUACGUGUGGCGUGUGCAUCUUUCCACAACCGAAAUUGGUGUCGCCAGUUGCAGAUGUUUUGAUUGAGAAAUUGGCAACUGUCAACUGGGCUCGAGCUGGUCUUGGUUUACCAUUGCUAAGUGACGACAGGGAACAAAAACCAGAACAGGAGCGUCCUUCGAUAACAGUGGAAAACUCUCUGUUCCAAAAUCAUACAGCGGCUAUACCGUCGUCGCCUACAGUGGCGGUGUCUCGUACAAGCAGUACCAUAAAUUCAAAUUCCAUUGUCAGCAACGUACACGCGAACAAUCAGAAGCUUGGCCCACCUUAUUCCAUUGUAAAUAUUGAUUCGUCUUUAGGACUAUCCACUCCAGCCUCUAGAAAGGUAUGCGAAGCUUAUGACGAUCCAAAAGACAUGUCCUUUGAUCACGAUGAGAACAAGUACCAACGUAAAUCAGCUAUAGAAUGGUUCCGGAGAUGGUGGAAACUGAUAUCGCGAGCACCGGUACGAAGGAAAACUGCAGGAUCUUUGUAUAAGAGAUACGCUAUAUUGGCUGUUAUCGGUAUAUUAUUCUUCGUUGGAAUUAUUUUGCUCUUUUCGUGGCUGGGUAGAAUGGCGACGGAUGGUGAUCCGAGUUUCGACGUGGGUGCGAAUCCUAAUCUGAGAUUCGGCGAGAAGUCUGUAAUUUAAUACAGUAUGCAUCACGAGUGGUAAUAAUCGUCGGUCCAUUAUGAAGAAUGGAUGAAACAAUCUCUGGAAAUAUGAGAAACGUGGCAAUCGCGAAUAUAUAACUGGAAUGCAAUUACAAUAUGUGAGAAUGCACAAUUUUGUGAGACAGUAGGAUAUAUCUAUUAUAAGGUAGUGUACGUAACAUUUGUUAAUUUUCGUGUAAAUUAUAUUUCACAUCCAAGUUGUACAUUUAAAUCUGUAAAGGCUAUCGAUUUAUAAAUUUAUGAAACCAUUGUAUGAAAACUAUUGUAUUAAAAACUUGUUUUUUUUUA